UAUUAGAGUAAAAUAAUAAUUGUUCAGCGUAUUGUUUCAACAGGUUUAAGUAAAUAAAACGCGCUGGAAGGCGGAACGCUUCUGUCCUUAAAAACUUUGUUGCUGCGCUUGUGAUUUAACAUGAAGAAUUAUUUUAAUUUUUAUUUGUAGUUAAAGAACUUUCUAUCUUAACUUUGUUAAAUAGCACCGUGCAAAUGUCUGAUCAGAGGAAUAAUACACGAGUAUUAAAUAAAGAGAUAAGGAGAAAUUUUGUAAUGAUCUUGUCUUGUGUACGUGACGCGUGAUCUAAACAAAGGAAACACAAUGUCCCGCCAGUAUCAUUUGAACGCAUAUCGCGCGGCCAUUGGCUCAUUGUCUCGCGAGGACGUCACACAUCAGCCAAUCGAGUGUCUCCGUGCCCUUGACGUGCUGCGCGUUCCAGCCUUUAAAAGCAGGCACACCGACACUACAGACAUAUUCUGAACUGAACGCAAAAGAUUCAGCAGCGAUGGCAAGAACCAAGCAGACCGCUCGUAAGUCCACCGGUGGCAAAGCCCCGAGGAAGCAGCUCGCCACCAAAGCCGCCCGUAAGAGCGCCCCCGCCACCGGCGGCGUGAAGAAGCCUCAUCGUUACAGGCCCGGCACCGUGGCUUUGAGAGAGAUCCGCCGCUACCAGAAGUCCACCGAGCUGCUCAUCCGCAAAUUGCCUUUCCAGCGCCUGGUGAGAGAGAUCGCUCAGGACUUCAAGACGGAUCUGCGCUUCCAGAGCUCCGCCGUCAUGGCUCUGCAGGAGUCCAGCGAGGCUUAUCUGGUCGGUCUGUUCGAGGACACAAACCUGUGCGCCAUCCACGCUAAGAGGGUCACCAUCAUGCCCAAAGACAUUCAGCUGGCCCGCCGCAUCCGCGGAGAGCGCGCUUAAGUCCCGCUUUAAUAACAACUCAACGGCUCUUUUAAGAGCCACCACAUCAACUGAACGACACGAUUUCCACCGUUUUUUACAAACAUAAAUAAUAACGCAAGGUGACACAAUGAUUAAUAAUAUUGUGGUAAACGUGAUUGCUCAAUAUUAAGAAUGAUCAUUAUCUUAUCAGUCUCUUUAAACCGCAGAGGUACCCGUGUGUUUUUAUUCAGUCUGCGCUAAAUCAUUCCACUUAAGAGCGUCUGAUCACAUGUUCUUCCUCAAACACACUUGUAAUACUCAUUUUGGUAGUAAAUAAAAACGAGGCAAAAUUAUGGCUAUUGGUCGUCUAUCAUUUCUAACUAAUCUAUUAUUUUCUGAAAUCAGUUUAGAUAAGAGGUUAGAGGUUAGUUCACUAAAAAAG